AUGGACUACCCACGCCCACCCCAAAGCGAGUCCUGGUUCGCGCCUCUAUCAAUCGACCUCAUCGUGAAGGUCUUCAAGAUCACCUUCUUCCACCCGUUCGUCUCCUGGAUCAUCCCCCUCUGCUUCCGCGCUCAGGCGCUGCGCUGGGAUGCCCCGCCAAUGCUCGUCUCGAUCGCUUGGGCGACGUUCAUCACCCUCUGCUGGAUGGCUAGCAUCAUCAACCAGCGCAUCGCCUACGGCCUGCCUAGGGAAGUCGACCUGUCCGAGGAGGUUAUCGUCAUCACCGGCGGAGCCAGCGGUCUGGGUCUGCUCAUCGCUGAGGUCUACGGCAUGCGCGGCGCCACUGUCGCCGUCCUCGACGUCAACGAGAUGGAGAACGGCGAGGCGAGGGGCGUGACCUUUUACAAGUGCGAUGUCACCAACAAGGCCGAAGUCGCUCGCGUCGCAGCAGAAAUCGACAGAGAACUCGGAACCCCCACCGUCCUGAUCAACAACGCCGCCGUCGUCAAGGGCAAGCCCCUCCUCGAGCUCGAUAUCGAAGACAUCGAGCGCUCCCUCGCCACGAACCUCACCGCCCACUUCAUCACCCUGAAGACGUUCCUCCCCUCCAUCAUCCGUGGCGGCAACGGCGGCACCAUUGUCACAAUGUCCUCCGUUCUCGGCCACCUCGGCGCCGCCUCCCUGACCGACUACGCUGCCGCCAAGGCCGGCGUCACCGCCCUGCACAAGUCCCUGACCGCCGAGCUCAGGACCUCCCACCCCGAGAUCCGCACCAUCCUCGUCGAGCCCGGCCAGCUCUCCACCCCCCUCUUCUACGGCGUCCAGACGCCCCACGCCUUCAUCGCGCCUGUGGUCGAGCCCGUGGACGUGUGCAAGGAGGUCGUCGCCGCUAUUGACAAUGGUCGCAGCGCGCACGUUGCGAUGCCGUUGUACGCGAGGUGGAUUCACUGGUACAACGUGCUUCCCGCGGCCGUGCAGCAGAUUGCGAGGAGAGUGGCCAAGGUCGACACCUCAAUGAAGACGUUCAUCGGAAGACAGGAGAGGGGGAUGAGUGAGAAGAACGGUAGCCUGAUUUAG